AUGUUGUGGGACUGCAGAGUGGGAGAACGGUGUGAACAGAUGGCACCAGAGUCCUGUUUGUGGAUCGAUGGGUGGAAGGGUAGUGUGAUCUUUGAGGACGUGGCCAUUCACUUCUCCCAGGAGGAGUGGGGGCUCCUGGAUGAGACUCAGCGGACCCUUUUCCAAGAUGUGAUGCUGGAGAACUUUGCAAUCACAGCCUCCUUGGUCUUGAGAGACAUUCUACACCUGACUGAACUCCAGCCAACAUACUCGGAGUCGAAACUGUGCUUGGACGAGGCAUGUUUUAGAGGUUCCUGGUGUAGUGCAAACCUUCCUCAAUCCCAGAAGCGUCACAGUGAAGAGACAUUUUUCAAAGGAGAUGUGGAUCGGGCCCCAUUUGUAAAGAAGGACUUCUCAUGGAAGUCCUUCCCUUGUGGGGAGAUUAAGAAGGAUGUUCCAGCAGCCGUAGGUCCUUUCCAGCGCCACGCCCAUCUAAAUGGUAAGAAGCUACACAGCCGCACCCGGUGUGAAGAAGCCUUUCACAGAGGAAAGACACGUUCUAUGUGGGAGGAAUCUGAGAAAGAUGCAAACCACAAACACACACUUACUCACCACCAGACUGUCUGCACCGGAGAGGGACUUUUUCAGGGUAGCAAAUGUGGAAAGAGCAUCAUUUGCAAUCAUAGUCUUGUUCAGCAUCAAGUUCGCACUGGAGAAAGGCCUUAUGAGUGUGGUGAGUGUGGAAAGUUCUUUUGCCAGAUCUCUGACUUCCGUGAACACCGCAGAGUUCACACAGGUUCAAAGCCUUAUGAGUAUGGAAAAUGCGAGAAAUACUUGACCUACAACUCCAGCCUCAGCAAACAUCAGAGAGAAAGACUUUACAAGUGCAAAGUAUGUGAGAAAUCCUUUAGCCAAAGCUCCAGCCUCAUUCAGCACUGGAGAGUUCACACAGGGGCAAAGCCUUUUGAAUGUGGCAGAUGUGGGAAGUCCUUCAGCCACAUCUCUACCCUCAUUCACCACCGGAGGGUCCACACUGGAGAGAAACCCUAUGAGUGCAGCGACUGUGGGGAAUUGUUUGGCAGAAGCUCUCACCUUAUUGUGCACAAACGGAUUCACACUGGAGAGAGGCCUUAUGAAUGUGGCGAAUGUGGGAAAUCUUUUAGGCAAAGCUCUGGCCUCAGUCAACACCGGAGAAUUCACACUGGAGAGAGGCCUUAUGAAUGCAAUGAGUGUGAGAAAUCCUUUAGCCGUAAAUCCGACCUCAUUAAACACCAGCGAGUUCACACGGGAGCGAGGCCUUAUGAGUGUGACGAAUGUGGGAAAUCCUUUCGGCAAAGUUCUGGCUUAAUUCAACACUGGAGAGUUCACACCGGAGAAAGGCCUUAUGAGUGUGACAAAUGUGGGAAAUCUUUUAGCCGCAAAUCUGACCUCACUCAACAUCUGAGAGUUCACACUGGAGAAAGUGCUUAG